AUGCCCACCCCCUGCCUGGAGGAGGCCCGCGACGUGUCGCUCCACCUGCGCCCGCUGGCGCGCCACCUGGACGCGCUGGAGCGGGCCGAGCUGCCGGCGGCGGCGCCGCUGCUGGCGCCGCUGCUGCGCACGGUGACGCUCGCGUGGAGCCGCUCGGAGCGCUACGGCCGGCCCGAGCGCAUAGUGGUGCUCCUGCAGGAGAUCGCCAACCUCCUCAUCCAGCAGGCAGGUCCCCGCCGGGGGCGAUGACGGCGUCAACGUCGCAAUGUCGCAACGUCACAAAGUCACAACGUUGCAACGUCACGUCACAAUGUCACAAUGUCACGACGUCACAACUAUGCAACGUCACAACUAUGCAACGUAGCGACGUCGCUACGUCGCAAUAUCACAACGUUGCAACGUCACAAAGUCACAAUGUUGCAACAUCACAAAGUUACAACGUUGCAACGUCACGUCACAACGUCACAAAGCCGGUGCGGCGUGCGCCAUUGUGUGUCUCUCUCUUUCUCUCACCAUCUCUCUUACCAUCUCUUUGUCUCUGUCUUUUGCCACGUCUCUCUAGCCAUGUCUCCCUGUAGCUCUCAAUAAAUGUCUCCAACACGUCUCUCUCUCACCCUCUCCUCUCUCUCCCCUCUCUUCACCUCCCUCUCUCUCCAUACACCACGGGGGUGAUGACCCUCCCCCCAGGCCGCGCUGCACCUCUCCGCCGACGGCCUCUUCACGGGCGAGGUGGAGGAGGGCCUGG